AUUACCUUCUUUAUCCAUUGGCGAUGGUAAUAGGCUGCUCCACAGUUCAUUGUAAACGCCUAAACAAGAAGCCUUCGCUCAGCCGAAGAAACCAUGAGCUUGUCUCUCAUUCAAGGCUAUUCUUCGGCGGAUGAAGAAGCACCACCGGAGGAUUACCGUAUCUCCUUCGAUGAUGAUGAUGAUUAUGAAUACGAUGAUUCGUCCGCCUCCGCCGUGUCCGGCGGCCGUUUGCUUUCCUACAAAUCAGUAUUCGGCCAAUCCGCUCCGUCCAAUGGAUCGUCCGGUCUUCCCUCUGCGCUCCACGUCUUCUCCGAAAUUUCAGGACCUUCACAGUUUCUUAACAAUUGCGUUGAAGAGCAACCCAGCGCAGGAGGCGUUGAGCACCAGCUAGGUAGGCACGGUCGCUGGAGGAAUCGAAAGGAGAAGAAAGACUUACCUGCUGGUGUUGUAGUGGAGGCCAAAGCUCAACUUAUUGGCAUUCAUGAGCGAGUAAGAAGUGAUAUUGAGUCUAACCAGCCUCCAACAUCAUCAGUUCUUAGCACAACACAGGAGGGAGGAAAACGAGUGCCAACCGUGACCAAUCCCAAUGCAGAAGAUGCUGCGGAACUACUGAGGAUGUGCUUGCAAUGUGGAAUACCUAAGACAUACUCCAGUGCACGUGGAAUGGUAUGUCCUGUGUGCGGUGAUCGGCCAUUCGACACAAACAAAGAGCCCAAGAAAAAGGGUUCAACGAUUAAAGAUAAGGAAAAAAGUAAGAGGAUGAAGGGCCAGUCAUCUCACGCUACAUGGAAAAGUGAGACAGAGAUGCAACUCAGACAACAGUUUGAUUAGCAUAAUUAAGAUUCCCGUUAUGUUUAGGAUCAUUAGGAAAAAUGUGUAAUCAAACAUGGUUAAAGUAAUCAGCAAUCGAGAAGCAGGUCCAAGUACAUUUGAGAAUGCGCUAUCUGUUAUCUGUCUAAGAAGUACGGCUGCUGUUGCACAGUUUGAAUUUGAUGCUUAGGAUCAGCCGUGGUUAGUUUGUUCUUUUUCUA